AUGUCGUGGAAGCCGCACGUCGAGCGUGACGCGGCCAUGAAGCUAAUCAAGGAAGACCUACUGAGAUGGACUUGCGAGAGACACGCCACCGAUUGUCCCCUCGACAGGCGUUUCCUACGUGACAAAGCCCUCGAAUUGGCCAGCAAAUACGGACUGACCGGCUUUAAUUGUUCCAAGAUGUGGCUCACGCGUUUUCUGAAAAAACACGGCUUCUCCCUAAAUCUGGAAAACUGCUCCGGACCAAUUUUCAGUAAUUACCGGCUCUGGAUCGAUAUGAUAAGAUCCAUUAUUACGCAAUAUAAAUACAAGAAUCUUUUCCAUCUGGACGAGUUGACGAUGUACUCAGACAUUUCACCCAUCAGGAUUUCGUCUGCAGUAGAAAGGGAUGAAUCGGAUAUCCUGAGAAAAGCGACGGUGCUGAUGUGCUGUAACGCCUCCGGCACCGAGAAACUGCCGCUAUUGAUCUGUGGCUCUUAUCCCGCUGCGAUAACGGACGAAGAUCACGUAUACAGUCACAGCGAGGACGCGUCGAUAAACGACAAUCUCUUUAGGGAGUGGCUGGUUCGACUGAAUGAUCGCAUAUUGAGCAGCGGGCGAAAGAUCCUGUUGCUACUGCAUAGAAAUCGCGUGAACGCCAUUCGAGAUUUAGAAUUGAGCAAUGUCAGACAUGUUUUCUUUCCCGAUGAUUUUCCGCCGCUUUUGAGACCUUUGAAAAGAGACGUCUUCCAUUUUGUUAAGAUGGUCUACAGAAACGAGUAUGUGAAAGGAAUCGGAGAAUGCGGACGACAGUGGAACGUCGAGAACGUGGUGAGAAGUUUGAUGAAAGCGUGGCAGAAAGUUCCGCGCAAUCUUAUUAUCGCCAGUUUCCAGCGAACGAGCUUCCGAACCGACGACUGCUUUUUGGAAAUGCACUGUGCCGCGUGGGAAGAUCUGAAGACUGGUGUAUCGUUCAGGAAGUUUGUCACGUUUGACGAUGAUCUUUCGGUUAAUGCGUUAGACAAACAGUGUAAAUCUACUGACAAGAGUCACGGCUACAACCUCCGAACCAGGGAAAUCAUUAGAUUAACCGAUGAUCAAUUCAAUCCCGCGAUUGAGCAAAAAAAUCCAAUCAAUAAUCAUUUAGAGGUUAUCGAUAAUCAGAUAAUUAGAAGUACGAUUCAGAGUUCUGGAAUCGAGGAGAUUCACUCGACACGAGCAAUUGUGAGCGACGAGUUGAUUACAUCGGGAACAAAUGUGAUUUGCGAUGAAGUCGAAAAAACGACUAACAGCAAAGACGGAAGUGAGAAUGGUCAAGCUGCAAGCAGCGAGCGAUCGAUUGGCUCUCCGUCGGAAGUCGUAAACACAAAUAGCAGCGCUGUAACAUCGCAACAAGUGUCUAACGAUACAUCUGCCGCUGAUUUGGACAUAAAGGAGUCAGACGCAGAGGUGAUUUCCUGCGCUACCGCGAGAGACGAGACGGAAUCGAUCAAUUUGGAUGGAAAUGACAAUCGUUCCUUCCAGAAAUUGUUGAAAAGGAAACGGUCGCAUUCUGCGGGCUCUGAAGAGACUCGGGAUAAUUCUAGCGAUGACGAACCGCAGCGAAAACGAUCGAAAUCCGAUUUCAAUUGGACGAAGCAGUACGAGACGACGUUUGUCUUCGGCUCGUCCGACUCAGCACGCGCCGUACCUGCUGUCUCCGUUGAUACGCCCAGUGAUAAUGACGUACGAUAG